AUGGGGCUGGGGCUGCUCCUCCCAUUGCUACUGCUCUGGACUUGGGGGACCCAGGGGUCCGAGCUGAACCCUAAUGGGCAGCACGUCUGCAUGGCCAGCAGCCCUUCUGCUGGGUUCCAGUGCUGCCCAGGUUGGAGGCAGGAAGAUCAAGAAUGCACCAUCCCUAUCUGCGAGGGGCUGGAUACCUGCCAGAAAAACGAGGUCUGCGUUAAGCCAGGCCUCUGUCGGUGCAAACCUGGAUUCUUCGGGGCCCUGUGCAGCUCCCGCUGCCCGGGCCAGUACUGGGGUCCCGACUGCCGUGAGAGCUGCGCCUGCCACCCGCACGGCCAGUGUGAGCCGGCCACGGGCGUGUGUCACUGCCAACCCGACCGCUGGGGCGACCGCUGCGAGUUCGCAUGCGCCUGCGGCCCCCACGGGCGCUGUGAUCCCGCGACAGGCGCGUGCCGCUGUGAGCCAGGCUGGUGGGCGCCCACGUGCCACCGCCAGUGCCAAUGCAACCUGGUGGGGGCGCGCUGCGACCUCGCCACGGGUGCAUGCCUGUGUGAACCCGGCUGGUGGGGCCGCCGUUGUAGCUUCCGCUGUGCCUGCCACGGCUCGCCGUGCGCGCAAGAAUCCGGCCGCUGCGCCUGCCGGCCGGACCGAUGGGGCCCAGAUUGCAGGCAGCGGUGCUCGUGCGCGCGCGGCCGCUGCAGCGCCGCCUCGGGCCAGUGCGCAUGCCCUCCCGGCUUCCGAGGCGAACGCUGUGAGUUGCCCUGCCCAGCCGGCCGCUAUGGGGCGCAGUGCCAGGCCAGCUGUGGCCACUGUAAGCAGAAUGAGCCAUGUGCUCCAGACACAGGCAGCUGUGAAUCCUGUGAGCCAGGCUGGAAUGGGACACACUGCCACCAGCCCUGCCCACCAGGCACCUUUGGCGACAGCUGCAGGCAGCAGUGCCCACACUGCCGGCUUGGGGAGUCCUGUCAGCCAGACACUGGGCACUGUCAGCGCUGUGACCCUGGCUGGCAGGGGCCCAGGUGUGAAGAGCCCUGCCCACUUGGCACCUUUGGGGAGGACUGUGGCUUCACCUGCCCCACCUGUAUUCAGGGGACCUGUGAUGCUGUGACUGGGCACUGUGUCUGCAAUGCUGGCUACUGGGGGCCCAGCUGCAACACUUCCUGCCCCUUUGGCUUCCAUGGAGACAAUUGCUCAGUGCCCUGCCAAUGCCCAGAGGGGCCCUGCCACCCUGUCUCUGGGACCUGCCAGCUUGGCCUUCGCGGUCAGGAUGCUGCCCUCAUCGCGGGCAUCCUGGUGCCUCUGCUGCUGCUGCUCCUGGGCGUCGCCUGCUGUGCCAGCUGCUGCUGGGCCGCCCGCCUGGACCCCAAGGACAGGCCUACGAGAGAUGGAGCUGCUGUGUCCAGGGUGAAGCUGCAAGUAUGGGGGGCACUGACCAGCCUUGGGUCUGUGCUGCCCUGUGGUUCCCUCAACAGCCACAAGUUACCCUGGGUGACAGUCUCACACCACGACCCUGAGGUCCCCUUCAACCACAGCUUCAUAGAGCCGCCUUCUGCUGGCUGGGCCUCCGACGACUCCUUCUCUUCUGAUCCUGAGUCUGGCCAGGAGGAUGAGGGUCCUGCCUACUGUGUGCCACCCCAAGAAGGGAUGGCCUCUGUGGCCCAAGUGGAGUCACCAGAGGCCAGCCUGGCUGCAAGCCCUUUUCCUCCCCCUGAGGAUGCCUCUACACCAUUCGCCAUCCCACGCACCUCCAGCCUAGCCCGGGCCAAGCGGCCAUCGGUCUCCUUUGCUGAAGGCACCAAGUUUGCACCACAAAGUCGUCGGAGCUCAGGGGAGCUUUCCAGCCCACUCCGGAAGCCCAAGAGGCUCUCUCGGGUGGGUCAGCCGGCUCCUGAGGGUCAGGAGGCUGAGGAGUCCACAGGCCCAGAGCCAGCAGAAGCAGACAAGGCCCCUCCUGGCGCUGCCAGCCCCAGGGACUCAGCGGUAGGCCGCCGGCAGCUCCCUCUUGGAGGCCGGACAGUGGCCGAACGUGUAGAGGCCAUUGAGAGCAGUGUGCAGGAGAGCUCGAGCCCUGUGUCCACCAUUUACAUGCUGGCAGGGACGCCCCAGGGAUCUGAGGGGCCUGUCCGGUCUGUUCUGCGCCGUUUUGGUAGUUUCCAGAAAGGCCAGGCAGAGCCCAAGGUCAGGAGUGCCAUCCCCAAGCCUCCACGCAGGGCCCUGAGUCGGAACAAGGGCAGCCCCGGGCUGGCCUCUGGUUCAGCUAGCCAGAGCCCUUACUCAGCCCCGUAUGAGGAGCUUGCAGGGGCCUUGGAAUCUGCAGGAGCGGGGAGAGAGGAAGUGGCCAAGGGGGUAGGGGAUGGCACCGAGACCCCAGGGAUGGCCCAGGAGCCGGGCGCUGGGGGUGGCCUCCCAGAACGGGAUCCCCAGAAGCUGGCUGAAGAAGAGGUGCAGGAGGAACCCCAGUAUGAGAAUGUUGCACCCAUCGCUGGGCCAUCAGAGCCCUGA